AUGGAUUGGUCGUUCAACCCCUCGGAUCUGAUCCUUUCCAUCCUGAUUGCUGGACUCGCCUCCAUCGGAGUGCUCUGGAAUUGUGCCCGCAGAGACAGAGGUGAGCCGGAAAAUUCCGUGAUUAGUCCCUCUAGGUCUUCAGCCUCAAGAAAAGAAGAAGAAAAAUGCCAGUAAAGAGAAGAAACAAUCCAAGAAAGGCUCCACGGAGCAAGCUUCCUCGCAAAGUAUCGGUGAGAGGGUCCGAUCGGAGGAAAGUAAGUGAUUUUUGGGACGAAGAUCGAAUGUAAAUUACUGUAGAAUUCUUGGUAACCAUAAUUUUUUAAAAAUUCCGAAUUUUUAAGCCGAAAAUUUGAAAUUUUUAUAUUAUCCAUGAAACAAAGGGACAAAUAUUUUUUGCAUUUCCUUGAAACAUUAUGAUUGCAUAUCCAUCGAUAUGUCCGACUAGUGUUGGAAGACCGAUUUUACACUAUACCGACCCCUUUUCAGAGCCUCACAAGGUCCCUCCUGCUCAUGGUCAUCCAAAAACUCACACCGAUGGAGAGCUGAGCACAGCCAAAGAAAUCGAUUUCUUAUAUCCGGUCGACAGCAAAGAUCAUGUAAGCUAGACCUGCAAGAUCUUAUCAAUCGCAAUUUUAGUUGUACAUGGACGAAAGCACCUUGCAUCAUGUGUCAUCGCUGGAGCCGGACAAUGAGACUUCGAUGAUGGUCCGAUCGCAUGCUCGCAUAAGGGAUACGGACAUUCUGACUUCAACUUGA